AUGGAGUACAAUCCCAACAAGUACGAGCCAUUGAACCUGAUAGGUCGGGGCUCGUUUGGUGUGAUUCGGAAAGUUCGACGACGGUCAGAUGGAAAGAUUUACGCUCGUAAAGAAAUUGACUACAAACGAAUGAGCGAAAGAGAAAAAAAGCAGCUUGUGGCGGAGGUCAACAUUCUGAGGGAGCUUCGUCAUCCCCAUAUUGUGCGCUAUUACGAGCGGGACGUGGACCGUGACAAUUGUUUGAUGUACAUAUAUAUGGAAUACUGCGAAGGUGGGGACUUGGCGGAAGUAAUACGAAGAUAUAAGAAAAGAGGGAAGCGCUUUGCGGAGCAGACAAUAUGGAAAUACCUCGCACAGCUCCUUUUAGCCCUUCAUGAAUGCCACUGUCCGGGAUCCGGCAAGUCCGGUGUCCGCCCAACGGUGCUGCACAGGGAUCUUAAACCGGACAAUGUUUUCCUCGAUGGGCGAGAUGAUGUCAAGUUGGGGGACUUUGGGUUGUCGCGAUUAAUGGACGGAUCCGAGUUUGCUAGAACAUAUGUUGGAACUCCGUUUUACAUGUCACCGGAACUGAUCAGCGAGUCAAGUUACAAUGAAAAAUCGGACGUGUGGGCAUUAGGAUGUCUGAUUUACGAACUAUGCACUUUGGAUCCACCCUUUCAAGCAAAAACACAAUCACAGCUUGCCAUGAAGAUUCAACAAGGUGCCGUUGCCCCUUUGCCGCCACAGUAUUCCCAAGAGCUUUUCUACAUCAUAAAAGCAAUGUUGCAAGUAAAUCAAUCGCGACGUCCGACAACUGCUGACCUACUUGAAGUACCAAUGAUAAAACAAGCACUCGGUGAAGAACCACCAAAGAACGAAAAACCACCAGCUGUUGACCAGCGUGAGGAUGAACUGCGAAAACGAGAAUUGGCAAUCGAAGCAAGAGAAGUUGCGGUCCUCGCGCGUGAGGAGGAAUGGAAGAGGGUCGCAGUGGCACAUGAAGAGCGAUUGAAGGCCACAUUAGAGCGACAGGAGGAGGAACUGAAGAGGAAAUACGCGCAAUUGGAACACCAAUUAAUGUCGGCUCUACGAGCAAAAGAAGAGUCUUUGUUAAAGCGGGAAGCGGAGCUUAUAGAGAAUCGGACCCUUUUGCAGCAAGCUAUAGAAAAGCAACGGCAUGUGCCACAUACAGUAAAUCACACAUACCGUCGUGGAUUAGAAGAGAGGACCACUGCAAGCAACAAGGAGAACGUGUUCACAUCGGCUUUUGGCAACCUUGGUGUGCUGGGAAGGCGGAAAAGCAUAAAAGGCGUAAGCACCCCUAUCUCCAGCCUUCCGACCCCACCCAUCAGCGCGCCAGGGAGUGCCGGCACCAAUCAUCCGACAGGUUCGGCAGAAAAGAUAAGAGCGGACGUAAGGCAUACAGGCGGUCCGCUCCUUCGACGCGCACAAUCAGAGCGCGACUGGAGGGUGAACCACCACGGGGAAAUGGAUGACAUUGUGAAAGGACUUGAACAAUUUGCUCUCUCGUCACCCAUGAGACCAAAGACAACUGGACCGGACGACAUGUCUAUUAUGAUGCAUUUAUCCCCGUAG